AUGAUUGAAAAACUGGGCCCUAUAAUUCUGCGUUUCGAAGAGAUAGAAACGUCGAUGGCCGACCCUGAUGUGGUGGUCAACUACGAGCGCGUGCAGGAACUGGCCAAGGAGCGUGCAUCCCUCGAAGAUCUGGUGGCCAUUGCCCGCGAGUACCUCCAACUCUCCGAGGAUACCGCCGACCUUGAGGCACUGAUACAGGAAGGUGCCGAACCAGACUUGGCCGACAUGGCCCGUGAGGAACUGGAAUCCAACCAGGAAAAAUUGGAAGAACUCACCCAGUCAUUGCGAACCGCCCUCCUGCCUAAAAAUCCCAACGACCAGCGGGACGUGAUAAUCGAAAUCCGGGCUGGGACAGAUUCGCGGCUGGAUGUCGACAUUAUGGAUGCAAACCAUAGCGAGGUGGGCGGCUACAACAAGAUCGUCUUUGAGGUUCAGGGUCGAGGAGCGUUCAGCCGCUUCAAGUACGAAAGUGGCGUCCAUCGCGUCCAGCGGGUGCCGGAAACCGAGGCCCAGGGGCGCAUCCACACUUCAACGGCCACGGUGGUCGUGUUGCCGGAAGCCGACGAGGUAGAGGUCAAGAUCAGCGAGGGAGAUCUCCGGAUCGACAUUUUCCACGCCGGCGGGCACGGCGGUCAAAACGUCAACAAAGUUGCCACCGCCGUCCGGAUCGUGCAUGGCCCCUCCGGCUUGACCGUGGUCUGCCAGGACGAGCGGUCGCAGUACAAGAACAAGCAGCGCGCCAUGGCAAUGCUUCGAGCACGAAUUUUCGAAGCCGAGCAGGAACGCCACGACGCUGAAAUCAGCCAGGCCCGCCGCUCGCAGGUUGCGGGCGCAGAGAGGUCCGAAAAGAUCCGCACCUACAACUACCCUCAGGAUCGCGUGACCGACCAUCGCGCCAGCACGACGUUCCACGGUAUCCCCCGUCUUAUGGACGGCUAUUGGGACGACAUCAUCGACCGCAUGGUUUCCUGGGAGGAAGAACGGCUGCUGGCCGAGGCAGGCAUCUGA